GCAAGUGUUAACUUGUACAGAUGUUACUGCUAAUAUAGCUUUUAGCUUACAGCUUUUAUUACAGCUUUUAGUGCGAAUGCACAAGUGUCCACAAAUUUACAAGAAGAAUGAUCGCCAGGCAGGACGUGGCGGCGUUGCUCACAGUCGUUGGAUGGGCCGGCAUGUGUGCAUACUUUCUCGUCGCACCCGUCGCUGCGGAUAAGGAUAUGACGGAGAUAUUUAGGGAUGAUUUCCAGAUCCUGGAUCGGGAACAGUGGGACAUUUUACAUGAGGCGGCUCACAAUUUCAUAUUUUUUGACGCCAGAAAUGUGCGCGUGCAGAACGGCGUAAUGGCGCUGCGAAGCAGUAUGCAGUGCAUCAACGGAUCGCUGCACCGCAACGUCACCUUCGUCCAGACAAGGAGCUUCGCUUUUAAAUACGGCGAAGUGCUGAUCCGCUUCAAGUCCCCCCGCCUUUCCGUGGCGACGGCAUACGCCUCCCCGGAGUGGUCGUUGCGCUACAACACCAUUGCUUUACCUCAUGUCUUGAUAACCUCGUAUCCAUUGCUGCUUGACGCUAGCGUGGGGUACACGGCACCGUCCGGCAAGACGGUUAAAUAUGACCAAACAUAUAACAGCGAUGAAGAUCUGUCACGUGACUACCACACGCAGCGACUGGUCUGGACGCAGGAAGGCCUGGAACUGCUCAUGGACGGCCGUCGCAUUCUCAAUCUCACCAAUCCGGGUGUGGACAGCUGGCCCGCACUGGGCAUAGCGUUGUACGAAUGCUUAGAUCCUGAGACUCUUGACGCUGACGCGUGCCCCGGUCCGUCGUUGCAGUGGUCGCACGAAUGGCUGAUUGACUACAUCGUGGUGCGGCAGUACCGCAGCAAAGCGCAAACAAUUGACGUCAUCCAGAUCAAACUAGGCGUGGCUAUUCCACUAGCCACCGGAGCAGCAGUAAUUCUUUUGGGCCUCAUCCUGCUGCGACGCGCCAGACAACGCCGUAUCAAGCGACCCCAAUCGAAACUGACGCUCGUCGCUUUCUCGUCAAGCACACCCAUCCUGACAGGAUUCGAGCUCACUGCGGAAGCUGCGGAUGUGUUGCAGAACGAAUGGGUGCGAGCCAUGGAAAUCCCUCUAGCGAAUUUACAAACGACCGAAAUAGUUUUGGGCCGUGGCGCAACAAGCGUUGUAAGGAAAGGAGUGGUCGAGGGGCUCGCCGGUCAGCCACGCCCUGUCGAGGUCGGAGUGAAAAGUGCGCGAGACCAGAGCGACGCGGAGGAACGACGUCAACUGGUGAAGGAACUGGAGAUCAUGACCAAGGUCAACUGUCAUCCGAAAUAUUGUCCGCCUGAUCGGUGUCGUAUUGAAAGGCGAACUUAUACUGAUUGUGGAAUAUGCAAAAUUCGGUUGCCUCCGACAUUUACGUACUCAAAGUUCUCGGCAUUGAGCGCUUUUAUAACCAUCUCAGUUCCGAUGGAGCCAUCCUUCCAUACGACAAGGACGAAGCGGAAAGGGUCAGACUUAGUGGCAAAAAGGCGGCAGCACCAUCUAGCAGCGAUGAAUUCGAUGGACAAAUCCUGUCUACGCGACUGCUGGUGCAAUUUGCUUGUCAAAUCAGUCAAGGAAUGCAGUAUCUCAGCGCGUUGUCCAUUGUCCAUCGCGAUCUGGCGGCUCGGAACAUUCUUAUUAAUGACGGCUUCGUGGCAAAAAUAUCGGAUUUCGGAAUGGCACGACAAGGAACCGAAUGCGGUGUCCCAGACCAAAAGGAAGCGCUGCCGGUGCGGUGGAUGCCGCCGGAAGCCAUAACGGAGGCGAUUUAUUCGGAGAAGUCGGACGUAUGGUCCUUCGGCGUCCUUCUGUGGGAAAUGUUCAGCCUGGGGGCACUGCCCUACGCCGGCAUCCACGUGUCGCCCGGUCACAACAUCUCCGAGUUUCUAACGACACUGUGCAC